AAACUUUGUGACUAUAUUGUCCACCAACUGCAGUCCUCUCCCGUGUGGAGUGAAAAAUGGGAAGCUUCUUGAACAAGUGUGUAAAAAAUAAAUAAAUAAAUAAAAAAGCCGUACAUCCCCUUGCUAUGACAUCUAUCCAUGACUUGUGGAAGAAGAUCAUGGCUAUGGUCCUACCCCUCCGUUUUCUGAACCCGAUGGCGCACACCGAAUGAGCUCUUCACUGACCAAUUUGACUGUGGCAUUAUGCAAUCGCUGACACACCCACAGGAUCACAGAGGCUGCUUUAAGCAUUAGAGAUGCCCACCCUGCAACUUCAUAAUCCCUACGUCGAAGCAUAUUGAACCCCCAAUACUAAUGGAUUCGCUAUCCCAAGACCAAGAACCGCAGCUCCACGCUGUCCUAUUUCCACUGAUGGCUCAAGGCCACAUGAUUCCCAUGGUCGACAUCGCAAGAAUACUGGCUAGCCGCAAUAUUAUCAUUACGUUGGUUUCAACACCUCGUAAUGCAGAUCGCUUCGCUUCAAUUCUAUCUCGUUCUUCACACUCUGGCCUCCAAAUCCGAGUGGUUCAGCUUCAGUUCCCAUAUAAAGAAGCUGGAGUCGCUGAAGGAUGUGAGAAUCUUGAUAUGCUACCUUCCCUAAGAACCGCCAUGGGUUUCUUCGAAGCAACAAGCUUGCUACAGGAACCGGUGGAAAAGCUAUUCCAAGACUUAACACCGACGCCAAGUUUCAUAAUCUCUGAUAUGUGUUUGCCUUACACAUCCUACGUCGCAAACAAAUUCAACAUUCCCAGGAUUUCUUUUGUGGGAACAAACUGCUUCUGUCUCCUGUGUGCGCACCACGUUCGCCAUAAUGAUGUUCGGAAUAACAUAACGUCGGAAUCAGAGUAUUUUAUCUUGCCAGGCAUACCUGACCGAAUUGAGAUGAACAAAGCUCAAUUAUCAGGUCCAUUCAACGGAUGGAAAGAGUUUAGUGACCAAAUUUUUGCAGCAGAGAAAGAUGCUCAUGGGAUAAUCAUGAAUUCUUUCGAAGAGUUGGAGCCAGCGUAUGCAAGGGAGUACAAGAAAGUAAGAGGAGGCAAAAUGUGGUGUAUAGGCCCUGUUUCACUUAUCAACAAGAGUUAUCAGGAUAAGGCUGAAAGAGGAAACAAGGCAUCCAUUGACGAGUUCCGAUGCAUGAAGUGGCUUGAUUUGCAGAAGUCAAACACUGUCAUCUAUGCUUGCCUGGGAAGCUUAUGCAAUUUAACAUGGUCACAGUUGACAGAACUUGGCCUGGCUUUAGAAGCAUCAAAUAGGCCAUUCAUUUGGGUUAUCAGGGAAGGAAACGAAUCAAAGGAAUUGAACAAAUGGAUUGAAGAAUAUGGAUUCGAGGAGAGGACCAAAGCACGAGGCCUUGUGAUUCGAGGCUGGGCUCCCCAGGUAUUAAUUCUAUCACACCCUGCGAUUGGUGGGUUCAUAACACACUGUGGUUGGAACUCAACGUUAGAAGCAAUAUGCGGAGGCGUGCCAAUGGUUACUUGGCCACUAUUUGGGGAUCAAUUUUGCAAUGAAAAACUAGUAGUGCAAAUAUUACAGGUUGCCGUAAGCGUUGGGGUGGAGAGUCCUAUGAUAUGGGGCGAGGAAAAUAAAAUAGGAGUGUUGGUGAAGAAGGAAGACAUUGAGAAGGCAAUAGACAAGUUAAUGGAUGAGACAGAGGAAGGUGAAGAGAGAAGGAGGAGGGCUAGAAAGCUUGCAGAGAUGGCUAAGAAUGCCGUUGAAGAAGGUGGAUCUUCUUACUCUAACGUCGACUUGCUUAUUCAAGAUAUCAUGCACCAAAUCAACAAAGACAAGUGAUCUCUUCCAUUUUCAAGCAUGAAUUGAUCCAUCGAUGGUAUUGGAAUUGAAGUAGCAUUUGUUCAUAAUUAACCUCCCAUCAUGUUAGAUGAAGCUGAUUUCAGCAUGCAAAACCGGUGAAACACUUUCAUCGAGUCUCUUCUACUCGUAGUAACAAUUACAGAGGAUCGUAACAACCCUAUUCUACUCCA